GAAGACUGAGAAAAUAAACAACUUAAGAUAUGCUUCCUUCUUGUCUGUGCAGCCCUUUCUGGAAUGUGUACUCCAGAUACUUUACUUUCUUCCCUAAAGCAGAAGUUUUAUUUAAAAUAAAGCUACUUCUUUGGCACUUCUGGGUAAUCCUUUUUUGAAGAACCACAGCAAUGAACGGUUUUGGAGCCCUUCUUCGAAGAAACCAGUCCAUCCUUCUGGUACUCUUUCUUUUGCAAAUUCAGAGUCUGGGUCUGGACAUGGAUAGUCGUCCUACCACUGAAGUUUGUGCCACACACACAAUUGCACCAGGACCCAAAGGAGAUGAUGGUGAAAAGGGAGAUCCAGGAGAGGAGGGGAAACAUGGAAAAGUGGGACGCAUGGGGCCAAAAGGAAUUAAGGGGGAGCUGGGGGAUGCAGGAGACCAGGGCAACAUUGGCAAGACUGGGCCCAUUGGUAAGAAGGGUGACAAAGGGGAAAAAGGUUUGCCUGGGAUACCAGGAGGAAAAGGCAAAGCAGGCACCGUCUGUGACUGUGGAAGGUACCGGAAAGUUGUUGGACAACUGGAUAUUAGUGUCGCUCGCCUCAAGACAUCUAUGAAGUUUGUCAAGAAUGUCAUAGCAGGGAUUAGGGAAACUGAGGAGAAAUUCUACUACAUCGUGCAGGAAGAGAAGAACUAUAGGGAAUCCUUGACCCACUGCCGGAUCCGGGGUGGGAUGCUGGCCAUGCCAAAGGACGAAGCUGCCAACACACUCAUCGCUGACUAUGUGGCCAAGAGUGGCUUUUUCCGGGUGUUCAUCGGGGUGAAUGACCUUGAAAAGGAGGGACAGUAUGUGUUCACAGACAACACUCCCCUGCAGAACUACAGCAACUGGAGAGAGGGGGAGCCCAGUGACCCCUACGGUCAUGAGGACUGUGUGGAAAUGCUGAGUUCAGGCAGAUGGAAUGACACAGAGUGCCAUCUUACCAUGUACUUUGUCUGUGAGUUUGUCAAGAAGAAAAAGUAACUCUGCUCAUGCUAUCCAUUUGUUACUUCUCUGUGACUGUCACUGCAGUUAUUUUUAUACGUCCUUUACUUUCUAAUUACACCAAAUUCAUUCUGACUCAAGACAAGUAGAAAACGCUGAGCUGGGGUUUGGAACCCCAUUGCCACGGUCUUCUUUGAUGAUUUUGAACAUUUUCAUACACAGUAUAUGAUCAAGCCAAUAGCUCACCAAGUUCCAUGGAUCCACAGAGAGAGUUUGAAUUACUAGUUGUGCAGGAUGUGGUUGUCUAUGUGUCAAAUGAAAUGUUCUCUUGCUAUUCACUCUGCUGCCUCUCCCUAGAUCCUGAAAUCACUGUCUAUUUAGCCUGGAGGAUAAUUGGAUAGUUGGUUGGUGAUGAUUAGGCUAACUUACCCUUGCUCAAAGCCAGACCUAUGAGAAGGCCUUCUGUUAGGAAUGCAGAGAUAUUGCCUGUCUUUGAAGCCAAGAGUCUCUGUUCUUUGACUGGUCACUCACCAGGGCUAUAGUCACACUUGAAAGGUCCUCCUGUUUGCCCAGAUAUAAAAGGACUUCAACCCCAAACCUCUAUUGAGAAACUUCUGGUCUGUGACCCAUUCCAGACCAUAUGGAAUCACACAGACAACUUCCGUGCUUCUAAUUCAUUAUGGCCUUCAAUGAGGUCUACCAAGGAUUUGCCAUGGCCUCUUUCUAUAGGCCCACAACUGCAUCCCAGGGCUCUAAAUUUUAAUUCUGAUUUGUGGAAAGGGAAAGAU